UAGGAGUAUUUUCAUUAUCUACGCGGCCAAAAGUCAAUAUAACAAACUUAAAGAAAUGAUACGACAUUCGACUAUCUGAGGCAGGGGACAUUCCAACGAACAAUAGGCCGCCGUCCCCACCCCUAUCCCGUUACGCGUUACCUGGCAACCUUAGUCGGUACUUGAUCAUCGAACAGGCAGCUUGUGUCAGUUAUCGGCGAUUUUUAGAAAACGUUACCAUUGUGAGCUAAACUGCAGUUUCCUGUGUUAACCUGGUUAAAAAAAGCAAUGGAUUCAAAUACUUCAGGUUCAGCGGGUACCUCUGGAGUGAGAAUAGUGACUCGUAAAUCACUCUUCGAUAAGAUGAAGAAUGAAAAUUUACGUAAUUUUGAAGAAAAGUUGGGUUUUUUAAGAGACCACCUUUUCACUCAAGACGACCUUUCUGAAAGUCAGUUAAAUAAACUGAAACACAAUUUUGCGCAUCUUAAAUCAGAACUGAAGCAAAGGUGGAUUAAAGCGCACAAAAAAGAAGAGGUUUUCUUAAAAAACAACCAUCUUUGGCUGGAAGGUACUUUCGAAAUUCCAGUCACAACUACAAAUCGUCAAGGUCGCCCUCGCAAAUCAUUUGGUGAAUCUAGCGAAAGGAGCAAAAGGAGGAAAACCGAAGAUAUUCGCUCCAUUGUAGAAGAUGGUGUUUUAAUUCACGCAGCACAAGUUGAAUUAAGAAAAUCUGGAAAACGUGAUGCUUCCCGCGUACUCCAAGAUAUAACAAGCUCCCCGACUCGUGCAACGAAGUACAAAAAAGCUUUCGAUACCUCUAAGUGUGGAGUAUCAUCGCGUCUAACCCCUAUGGAAGCUUUAAAAAUGUUUAUAGAUGCAGAUUUAACACGAGGACGAUAUGAAAUCAUAAGAAAGACAAACAAGAAGUUUUUUCCCUGUUAUAGCUUAAUUCAAGAAGCCAAAAAGAAAUGUUAUCCUCCUCCAGAAACGACCACGGUAACGAGUACCUGCGCGGAAACCCAACUGCAACCAUUAAUUGAUAUUACUGUCAAGCGUUUAUCAGAAUUCUUAGAAGAAGUCUUAUUGAGAAUAAACAAAUAA